GAUCUUUUUCAAGGUUCACGCAUCACCAUACUGAUACCAUCGGACGUACAGAAUCUGCUUGAGACAGAGAUCCCCAAGUACCAACACCAAAUCUUCCAACAACUUUGUUUUCUCUUCUUAAUUGUCUUACUAUUAAUAAUGUAAAGAAAAAAAUUGUAUAAGAAAUCUCUUCUCGGUUAUAUGUGCACUCACUGCACGUUUCUGUUUUUCUUUUCUUUAAGCUUGUGUUUCACUCUCUCUCUCUCUUUCUAUGCUUUUUUCUUAAGCGAGAAGCCAUGGCUCUGUAAAUCCUUCCCAUGUUUUCACCUUUUGGUUCUUUGGCUCAGUCCUUAUUUUCUUCCCUUUUUUAAGCUAUUUCAUAUUGAAUGAAAACGUUAAUGGAGGUAAAGGGACACCUAAUCCAAUUGUAACUUGUUUAAAUUCUCACAGUUUAUACCAACUUUGUUUAAAACCCUGUCAAAGUUUGUAACUUGGACGCCAUUGAUGAUCUUCAAAAGCUUGAAACUUUAAAAGCCUGUUAAUGCUUUUUUUUAACAGAGCCUCUACUCAAAACUCCAAGUUUAAGCUUCUGGGUCUUUCCAAAAUGUCAUCACGAGAGAUGUCCCACAUCGAUUUAGAGCAAGGGACUCACCGCUGGAACGGUAGCGACGUCAGCGCCGAUGAGGCUAGCGUCUACUCCAACGCCGACGAGGGUUCUUGCUACUCCCAGUUCUAUUCCACCACAGGCGGUUCCUACGACGAUUACAGCUUCACUUGUUGUUCAGAUGGCGAGAUUGGUGACGUUUCGGGUUCCGGAAGGGUGUCGUCGGUCUCGGAUUGUUCGGUGGAGGUGCAGAUUCAAAGUGGAGCUAAUGAAAUCAAACUGCAUUUGGCUAAAGCUGAGAAAGAUUGUAGAAUCUGUCAUCUGGGUUUAGAGAGUAACAGCCAUGAAUCCGGCGUUGCUAUUGAAUUGGGUUGUUCUUGCAAGGAUGAUCUUGCUGCUGCUCAUAAACACUGUGCCGAGGCUUGGUUUAAAAUCAGAGGAAAUAAGACCUGUGAAAUUUGUCAUUCUAUUGCACGCAACGUGGUUGGAGUGAACGAGAUCGAGUUGACGGAGCAACCAAAUGAGACCAACAGUGCCACAGCGAGAGCAGCAACCUAUUCAGACUCCCAAAGCUUUUGGCAUGGCCAUCGCUUCCUCAACUUCCUCCUCGCUUGCAUGGUAUUUGCCUUUGUCAUAUCAUGGCUCUUCCACUUCCACAUGCCGUCAUCCUGAAACUUAUCUCCGUGCACGGUUGAACAACGUCGAAAAGAACGAAAAAUAAAGAAACAGAAUUUACUGUAAAGGAGCCUGGGAAACUUGUUGCUGUGAUGAUGAGAAAUGGAAAUAUGAAUUAUAUACACCUCUCCUC